UCAAUUAUUCGUUGUUGCAUCUAUUUAUUUUUUUACAGAAAUGCAAAAAACAUUUAAUGCACACUCUAACUCAAAUCCAAUUAAACCUGAAGAAGAUAGAUUAUUAACUUCAUGAAAUGAACAAAAAUAAAAUAAGAAAAAAAGCCGUGGGAAAUAUUAUAACUUAUCUUUUAUGCCUUAAAUGAUAUUUAUUCGUACACAAACGUCAAAUUUUAAAUUUUGUGAGGUUAAUUGUUUAUAUUUUUUGACAACUGUAAAUGACAAUAUGACGUCACUCUGUAUAUUAAAAAUUGCAGCAAACGUAUAAAUUUGAUUAUUACUUGUGAAAUGUUUAUUUUGAGCCAGUUUAAUUCAAAGUAAUCAAAGUAUUUAAAAAUGAACGUUUCUAGAAUGUGUUCUAAGUUGCCACACAGAAACUUGUUCUGGAAGAAAAAGUAAAAUGAACUUUGGAAAGUACAAAAUCGUCGAUAUUGGUAAUAUAUCUCCCAUGGUAUCAGUUCCGGAGUAUAUUAAAAAGCCUAGUUAUCAUGAAACGGGUAUUCCUUCAGAAACUGUGCCUGAGCAUCCGGAAAUCAAGAACCACGAACAGAUUUCUAGGAUGCGAGAUUCUUGUAGACUAGCCGCCUAUGUUUUAGACAAAGUGGAGAAAUUUAUUGAGGUGGGAAAAACCACAGAUGACAUUGACGUACUAGUGUUCAAAACCUGCAUAGAGAACAACGCAUAUCCAUCUCCUCUAAACUACAAGCACUUCCCAAAGUCCGUUUGCACGUCCGUCAACAAUGUGGCGUGUCAUGGCAUACCCGACGAUAGGCCUCUGCAAGAUGGAGAUAUUAUCAACGUGGACGUUACAGUAUAUUACAAUGGGUUCCAUGGCGACUGCUCCAAAACGUUUCUCGUGGGUCAAGUUGAUAAUGAUGGCAGAGACCUCGUGAAGGCAACAGAGACAUGUUUGAAUGAAGCGAUUCAGAUGUGCAAGCCAGGGAAGUUUUUCAGGGAUAUCGGGGCUCUUAUUGAAGAGAGGGCUUAUAGUUUGGGGUAUCAGGUUGUGCCUGCUUUCAUAGGUCAUGGAAUUGGGCAUUAUUUUCAUGGACCGCCUGAUAUAUACCACACAAGAAACAACUACCCCGGCAUAAUGGCGCCUGGAAUGACCUUCACUAUAGAGCCGAUCUUGACGCAAGGCAGUGAGAUGAUAGAGAUUCUGCCUGAUGACUGGACAGCCGUGACGGUAGACGAUUCUCGAACGGCUCAAUUUGAACACACCGUCCUGAUUACGGAGUUGGGUGCUGAAAUUUUGACAACGACCACUUGAUUAUGUAGAUGUGUUUUUGUAUGAAGCGUACGUGUGUUAUUUUCUCAAAAUUUAACUUAUUUUAAUAAGAAAUUAUAGGAAAAGUAGCUAGUUUUA